AUGAUUGAAGCUCCAGGACCACGGCAGGGUGCGGCGCCCAGUUCUCAUCACCAUCUCACCAUCUCUUAUCUCCCCCCACAACAGUUCUCAGCGUGCGGUAUAUUCAACAUCAGCAGGGGAGCAUUCAGAGGCCUAGAGAACACUUUAGUCAACCUCAACCUGCAGGACAACAGGCUGGCGACCGUCCCUACAGCAGCUCUCGCCAGACUCACCAGACUCAAGCUCCUCGAUCUGUCAGGCAACCAGAUCACCUCUGUUCCUGACGAGGCAUUUGACGGCCUUACACUCUCCACGCUUAAGCUGGCGGACAACGAACUGUCUCUGUCAGAUCGCUCCUUCGCCGGGUUGGAGAGCAGCCUGAAGAACUUAAACCUGAAGGGCACCAGCCUCCGGUCGGUGCCUCCCGCCCUCAGGAACCUCCCCGUACUUGCUUUCCUCGAUAUUGCUCAGAACCAAAUACGGAGCCUGGAGAGAGGCGCCCUUAGGAACCUUCACUCCCUGACGGCGCUGAAUAUCGAGAGGAACCUUCUUCAGGCCCUGGAGGUGGAGGACUUCAUUGGCAUCAACGACACCCUCAGUUCUCUCUCCAUGCUUAACAACCUCAUCACUGACUUCCCUAGAGACGCCCUUAACACCCUGGAGGAGCUGAGGGUACUAGACAUCGGGUUCAACUUAAUCACGGAAAUACCUGUGGAUGGGUUUAAGGGCGUCAGGUCCCUCACCCUCCUGGCCCUGGAUGGUAACCCCUUAACUAGCGUCCCUGGCCAAGCCUUCACUCACCUCAACACCUCACUUAGGGGCCUGUCUGUCGGAGGGAGGUUCCUACACUGUGACUGCCAGGUAGCAUGGAUCUCAGAGUGGAUUCGUGACUAUGAUCUUCAGGUGACGUCCCGCGAGCGCAACCCUCAGUUCUGCGGCCAGCCUCCAGAGUACCGCGAGCGAUCCUUCUACCAGCUCAACCCUGACGAACUAGCCUGUAACACGACCUCCGCCCUGGCUAACUCUCCGACCAUCGUACGACCCCUUCCGUCUACUCCAGUACCCCCGAGGACGGAAUUCCCCCCCACUGCGACGACCAGAUCCGAUAAGACUAUUAAUACGACCCCAGCAUCUACUUCUUCUCCCUUUACUACGACUACUACGACUACUAUUACUACCCCUGCCGCCCCAGUCACCAGAACACGACCUACUACCCAACCACCCGAGGUGACGUCAUUCCGGCCAGGCACUGUGAUUCGUCCGGGAGCCUCCAAUCGCAAUGGUGACUCCGGCGGCGUGGGGAGUGUCGGCUCCGUUCAGCGGGGUCCCGGAGGAGAGAAUCCGGGUGGGGAACAAGGCAGACCCACCCUUGACCUCCCUCCUCAGGUGCCUCCUACGAGAUUCCAGCAGCGGCCAACCAGAGUAGAGCGUCCUAUAGCCCAGCCGGUGCCCUCCAGACCUAACCUGGUGAUGAGGACUAACGACCAGUCCUCACAGGAGUCUUUCUUCGGCUCCGAGUCUCAAGGACCUUUUGUUGAUGAGGUGAUCGUGCAGGAGGCCUACAGGAAGGACAGCUCGGUCAUCAUCCAGUGGGACUCCGAGGUCUCCAAUAUCCUCGGUUUCAGAGUCGUCUACAGGCUCUUCGGCGACAAGAACUUCAAGCUGGGUCCUCCCCUGGCAGCGUCUGAGAGGGAGUUCAAGAUCAAGAACGUCCCCACCCAGGAGUGUAUAGUGGUGUGUGUCGUGUCCCUGGAAGAUGUCAACGUUACCCCGGAUAACGUGCAGUACACACAGUGCCGGGAGAUACGGACAGAGACCUCCGCCACUAUGCACAUGGACACCAUAAUCAUCGCGGCGUCGGCAGCUAUCUGUGGCACCGUCAUCAUCGCCGUCAUCGUCUUCAUCUGUUGCAACAGGAAGCGAGGCGGGAACAGGGAGAAACAGGGAAUCCCGGCGGUCCUGAGUCCUUCCUCCGCGCCCUUAGCAUCUCUGGGCACCUUAGGAUCUGGCGCGCUAGGAGUAAGCAACAAGGCUGCUGACUGGGAUACACUGUCCAUGUAUUCCCAGCGCUCUAUACCUCGGGCUAGGAUGUAUCAUCUAGAUAAAGGGUCGGUCAACACAGGCUUCGUACCAGACGACGCUCGCUCGCACAUCUCUCACGCCUCCUCCAAGCACAUCCCUCGGCCCAGGUCUACGGCAGAUGGUCAAAGUCAGAGGUCAUACUCCGCCCUCAGUGCCGCUCACCUCCGUCACCCUCCCACCUUCAACGCCGGCCUGGGGCUCUCAAGACAAGAUCUCAGCAUGUCAAGGCAGUCACUGGCAGCCUCACAGUUCAGCGCCGCAGGGUUCAGACCUAUGGCUGUGAACCCCAACGCCUUCGGGAUGGGUGGUCCGGGGUCCGUGAUGGGUGGUCCGGGGUCCGUGAUGGGUGGUCCGGGGUCCGUGAUGAGUGGUCCGGGGUCCACCAUGGGGGGGUUCUCUAGGGCUACGUCCCAGCGUAGUGAUCGUCGACGCCAGAGGUCUAAAUCCCGCGAGCGUGCCAGUUCCCGCCUGAGCCACGCCGGGUCCACCCACUCCCUCACCGGGUACGACACUGACGGCUGGACCGACCACGAUAUGGACAUCUACGUCGCCAGGAACCCGACCCGCGGCGGCCUCGUCCAGCUCUAGACCCGCUACACGCUUCACGUUCAAUGUUUAUGACUCUCCUGAACAGCAUCACGCGACCUGGAGCACCACACUCACCCCACGGCACAACUCUUGAGGCACCAGCAGGAAUGUUGACGGCUUUGGUUGGUUCCUCAGUUGAGAACCAGAGCAGCCCACAGCCUACCAUCCCCCUGAACCAACACCCACCCUCCCUCACGCCCUCGUCUGUGUUGAGGGACACUCGUGACACUAAACUCCUACAAAGAUGAGUAACAGAUCCUGGAAGUGAGUCACGACAAACUACACUACUUCCCUGGACCUUCUGGAACAACAACAGUGAAGUAACGAACCUGAGUAAGAUGUUAUACGUCAAAACAUAAAUAAGGCCUCACAACACUCACAAGACUGAAACUCUCACAAACUCACCGUAUGACUUUGUUCUUAACCGUAUACGAAGAACAGACAAACAGUGAGUGUAGUAUCCCCCUUCAGCCUCCAGGUGGUGUGGUAGCAAGACUGGUUCUGCCCAUAAUGACUGUACGAAUACGUUCUUUACCUACAGGAGUCUCUAGUGAGUUUAGCUGUCGGGAGUUGUCGAUGGUGAUUCCGGAUAGCUUCGGGGAGACGUGCUCGGCUGAUGUAUCCUGAGGGAGAUGGUAAGUGUGGUGCUGUGAGAGGUGGUUCAGCUGCUGGGUGCUGCUGUGAGAGGUGGUUCAGCUGCUGGGUGCUGCUGUGAGAUGGUACAGCUGCUGGGUGCUGCUGUGAGAGAUGGUACAGCUGCUGGGUGGUACUGUGAGAGAUGGUACAGCUGCUGGGUGGUAUUAUGAGAGGUGGUACAGCUGCUGGGUGGUACUGUGAGAGGUGGUACAGCUGCUGGGUGGUAUUAUGAGAGGUGGUACAGCUGCUGGGUGGUACUGUGAGAGAUGGUACAGCUGUUGGGUGGUGUUAUGAGAGAUGGUACAGCUGCUGGGUGGUGUUAUGAGAGAUGGUACAGCUGUUGGGUAGUGUCAUGAGAGAUGGUACAGCUGCUGGGUAGUGUUAUGAGAGAUGGUACAGCUGUUGGGUAGUGUUAUGAGAGAUGGUACAGCUGUUGGGUAGUGUUAUGAGAGAUGGUACAGCUGCUGGGUGGUGGAGGGUCUAGAAAUAAAGGCUGACAGCUGCUCUCAUGCCUCAACACCUCACUACAACACCUACAACAACUACCAAAGGAACAUCAUAUUUUAUCUAAGGUUUAUUCAUGAUCUUGUGUGAUAAUGUAUAACUAAACACUACCUACAGCUGCCCUCGAUCACUAUAGGCUCCGGCACAAAGACAUAUUGGGAUGUAUAAUGAAUCUUUCUGGUAAUACUUUAGUGUAUGUGAAUAAUGCCUUUCGUGUAAGGAGGCAUAAAAGCAUUGUAUAUUGUGUGUACUUGUGUUCAAACUUGAUUAUUUGUUAAGACAUUCACCAACUAGUAGUAAAGUGGUAGGAAUCAAUGCCAAACUGUGUGUGUGUGUGUGUGUGUGUGUUUGUGUGUGUGUGUUUGUGUGUGUGUGUGUGUGUGUGUGUGUUGUUCAUACUGUCAGUGUCACCUGUGUACUGACUUGAGUGUAUUAGUCCGCACGAAAGCUUGGUGAAAUCCCCCUGUGUGGAGAUGUAUCAUGUUAUUAAAAAAAAAUCCUGUUCUGUCCUCAGUGUAAACAAACGCUGUGGUGGUCGUAGCCUCAUCCCGCGUGUUCCUUCCUCCCUCCCUCAGUCAUCAGUUGCUUCCCGUGUACUGUGUGUCCUCCCGUUGUGUUGUCUAAUAUAUAUGUCAUAACUACGAAAUAAUACACAAUUAACUGAUAAGAAAAUAAAUAAUGAGUUUUAUUCUAUGAUUUAGGGUUUUUAUAUUUACAAAACGCUAGUGUGUAUCGUAAAUAUUUCACAAACACGUAAAUGUGAACGCGAGGAUAUUAAAGAGAUAUAGACUGUCUUAAGUGUGUGUAGUGAAAGACAAAACCAAAAAAAGACAAUAAAAACACUAAUGCAAAUGAGUGAGUUCUGACACAGUAAGUAAGUCUUAGCUGGACUUCUUAUACACGAACGCAAUACAAAGACUAGAGACUCGCUUGAUACAAAUAAUAACGCUAUAGAACUGCAAGUGUUACGCCGUCAGGUUUGGUAAAAUAAAAAUAAAAUCUUGUAAAUAUUGUAAGUUACGCUCUCUUAAUAUUUAUUUAGUGAAAGAAAUAAUAAAAUACAUUCAAGACUAUCACGACAAGACCUGGCACAUUAUAUGGAACAUCUGUCGCAAUACCGUCAUAACAGAGCGACAGAUAAAGUAAGUUCUUUUUGUUUACUGUCCCUAUUUUGGCGGGAACCACAAGUCAAUGUUUACAAAAUCCACGCGCCACUAUUGUCACGAUCCUAACCUGUCUAUAAGCUCCUCUUGAACCAUAAUACUACCUAGUGUAUGCUCCUCUUCAACCACAAACUACCUACUGUUUACGAAAUAUGUGAUAUUUAUCGAGUGAGGUGGAAUUUUAUACUUGUAGAAAACGAUAAAUGUAAACAAGUCGAAAAUAACAUGUGAUUUACUAACAUACGUAACUACAAAGACAACGCUGCUUCCUGAAACUGAUAUUUUGUCUUUUAUAUUAACCGUAGUUAUAUAUGAGUGUGUUAGAGGAGGUACUGUUGUCGUGUACUCACUUAAUAGUCUACAGAAUGAAAGGGAAUGAACACUACACGACACUAUGGUUUUUACGUGUGUUGAUAGUGUGGUGUUCUAGUGUGUUAAUAGUGUCCUAAAGUGUGUUAAUAGUGUCCUAAAGUGUGUUAAUAUUGUCUUAAAAUGUGUUAAUAGAGUCUUGAAGUGUGUUAAUAGUGUCCUAAAGUGUGUUAAUAGUGUCCUAAAGUGUGUUAAUAGUGCCUUGAAGUGUUAAUAGUGUCCUAAAGUGUGUUAAUAGUGUCUUAAAGUAUGUUAAGUGAGUGCCAUAACAACUGUCCCCGUGAACAACACUCGUGUUUAACCCUCGGCAUUGUUUGUACUUCAGUCAAACUGUUUGUAAUAAAAAAUAAAAACAUAAUAUGUGA